CUCAAGCUCGCCAAGUACGGCAAGGACAAGGUCCGCGUAGCGCGCGUCGUGCGCAACCCGGACGGCACCCAGACCUUUGUCGAGCUCGUCGUCCGCACCCUCCUCGAGGGCGACAUCGAGGGAGCGUGGACCCACAGCGACAACUCGAUGUGCUUGACGACCGACGCCCAGAAGAACACGGUCAACGUCUUUGCUAAGACGUCGCCGUACGUCCUCGUUCCCGAGGCGUUCGCGCUCGACCUCGCGACGCACUUUGUCACUCGCUACGACCACAUCUCGCGCGCCUCGGUCGACGUUGUCCAGCUCAAGUGGUCGCGCAUCCCGGUCAAGGGCAAGCCUCACCCAUGGUCGUUCGUGCGCAACGGCGACGACAAGCGCACGGCGUCGGUCGUCGUCGACGCGACCAAGGGCAAGGACGCCAUCACGGCGACGUGCCAGGGCGGGCUCAAGGACCUCCUCGUCCUCAAGACUCACGAGUCGUCAUUCGAGGACUUCUGGGUCGACGAGUACACGACGCUCAAGCCCGUCAACGACCGCAUCUUCUCGACCUCGGUCGACUGCGUGUACGAGAUCCCGAUCCGCUCGUCGUCGUUCUCGGCGGCCGCCAUCGGCAAGCUCGGGAUCGACUUUGACGCGAUCCACAAGAGCGUCGAGGAGACGACGCUCGAGAUCUUUGCGACGCACAACUCGGCGAGCGUGCAGGCGACGCUGUACAACAUGUGCGAGAAGGUGCUCAAGGACAACGAGCAGGUGAGCGACAUCAAGUACGAGCUGCCCAACAAGCACUACAUCCCGCCCGACCUGUCGUACUUCAAGCUCAAGAACACCGAGCCGCAGGACGCCGAGGUGUUCACGCCCGUCGAUGCCCCGAGCGGCUACAUCAUCGGCCACGUCUCGCGC